AUGGGAGACGCUAUGGCCAUUGAGGAGCAACGCUCCAUCUUGAGCACCGGGUCCGUUACGCCCGAGCCGGAUACUGUGACCAAGAUCGUCCGCCGCAUCAGGGCGCUCGUCACAAAGCUUCUUCCUGUCGAGGUUGAAUUGACCGAUAUCACGGAUGCGACUUCGAGCAUCAUCACGCCCGAGGUCAUCACGGCCUUCGCCAAAUGUGGAGGAGACUUCGCAGAGGCCAUCCCAUUCUGCCUGCUUCGCGCUCGGGCGACCUUCAUGCGGGACGCCUAUCUCAAUCCGCCAGACUACGGAGAGUCAGUGUGCCGAGCUACGGCCUGCGAGACGCUCGCGAGAAGGAUCGUGCAUACGUUGGACCCGGACAGGCUUGAGAGCGUCAUGAGCACGCGGUUCAGGUACAGGGAGAGCGAUGGAGAUGCGUCUGCCCCCAUCUCUGCUUUGGAAUCAGCUAUUGACCAGCACUGUACGAUCUUCCUGUCCUCUACCGAGUCUCAGCACGUCGUCAACUCGCUCUGGCGAGGUGACUGGGUCCAGCGGAACAACGAGGACGACGAUAUCGAUUACGUCCAAUAUGAGCGGACCGAGAACUGGAGCUUCUGGGACCACGUCAACCCUGAGCGCCUCAGCGUUCCGAGGUAUCAGAGCACAUUCAAGAUCAUAGUCUGGGCCAUCUUCCUAUUUGUAUAUUCGCAAGCUGUAUCUAGUCCGCUUGACAGUCUUGACCCUGCGCACCAGCUCGACGAGUGGGAGUACGUGCUCUACAUCAUGACCCUGUCUUUCCUUGUUGAAGAGGCCGUCAAGGUCUUCAAGACUAUUCGAAUCUCGACCCGCCCGCUCGCAACUAUCAACUUCUGGUCUGUCAUCAACUUCAUGACCGAUGUCGUCCUUCUCUCUGCCUUCGGCCUGCGAGUCGCCGGGCUCAUAAUGGGACAAGAGGACAACGAACAGGCGCGGAACUUGCAAUUCAGGAGUUUCCAGCUUCUGAGUUGUGCUGCUCCGCUUAUUUGGAUGAGACUUUUGACCGUGUUUGACGGUGUCAAAGCGGUCGGAACCUUGCAGGUUGUGGUAUUCCGGAUGCUGCGCGAAUCGGCCAUCUUCUUCAUCUUGCUUGCCAUCCUUGGUGUCGGAUUCAUGCAGUCCAUGUACGCCCUGGACGCCGCCGAUGGAGAAUCAGGCGGAGGUAUCCAGGUCUUCAACUCCUUGCUGCAGGCUCUGCUGGGAUCACCUGACUUCGAUACUCCCAAUGAGCGGUUCGGAUACCCAUUCGGCCUGAUUGUCUACUACAGCUGGAACUUCCUCGCUACCAUCAUUCUCGUCAACGUCCUGAUCGCCUUGUUCGGCUCGGCGUAUUCGGAUGUGGUCGAGAAUGCUACCGACGAGUAUCUGGCUUUCUUUGCCGGAAAGACGAUUGAACUGAUUCGCGCGCCUGACUCAUUCGUCUACCCCGCACCUUUCAACUUGAUCGAGGCGGUCCUCAUUGCUCCCUUCGAAUUCGUUCUCCCCGCUAAAGCCUACGUCAAGCUGAACCGUAUCGUCAUGUCUACUAUCUUCUUCAUUCCCCUGGUCAUCAUCGCGGUGUUCGAGACCCAGAUCUCGCACUCCCGGUCCGAGCGGAUCCGGCUGUACUUUGCCGGUCCUGCACCCGAGGAGGAGGGCGACCCCAAGGUCGAGGACCCAGAGAGCGAUGAUCCGAACGGGGAGAUCAGCAAGUACAGCUUUGAGCAGUUGGUCAAGGCUUUCCCGGAUACCGCCAUCACCGAAUCUGCCGUGGUCCACAAGGAGAUGAAGGCUCUCAAAGCACAGAUUGACAGACUGGAGCGGAUCAUCAGCGAGGGACCGGAGGAUAAGAAGGGUAAGGACGAGAAGAAGGGUGGGAAGGAUAAUAAGGAGGCGAUCAAGGAGGCCCUGGUGGAUGACCAGUGA